GUUGUUAAAGCCAGACUGCGACCUCUCACCACUGCCGCCACCGCCGCGUCCGGUCCCACCGUCGCGGGCAGCAGCCAAAGCCGCCACAACUGCAGCACAGAAACCGGCAAGGCCAGGCAGGCCAUGGGGCGCUGGGCACUGCUGCCCAGCUGGGUUUCUGCUACACUGCUGCUGGUGUUGGCCGCUCUGCCCGCAGCCCUGGCUGCCAACAGCAGUGGUCGAUGGUGGGGCAUCGUGAACGUAGCCUCCUCCACGAACCUGCUGACGGACUCCAAGAGUCUGCAGCUGGUGCUUGAGCCCAGUUUGCAGCUGCUGAGCCGCAAGCAGCGGCGGCUGAUCCGUCAAAACCCGGGGAUCCUACACAGCGUGAGCGGUGGGCUGCAGAGUGCAGUGCGCGAGUGCAAGUGGCAGUUCCGGAACCGCCGCUGGAACUGCCCCACUGCUCCUGGGCCCCACCUCUUCGGCAAGAUCGUCAACCGAGGCUGUCGGGAAACAGCGUUCAUCUUCGCCAUCACCUCCGCCGGGGUCACUCAUUCGGUGGCGCGCUCCUGCUCCGAGGGCUCCAUUGAGUCUUGUACGUGCGACUACCGGCGGCGCGGCCCUGGAGGCCCCGAUUGGCACUGGGGAGGCUGCAGCGACAACAUCGAUUUCGGCCGCCUCUUCGGCCGGGAGUUCGUGGACUCCGGGGAGAAGGGGCGGGACCUGCGCUUCCUCAUGAACCUUCACAACAACGAGGCAGGUCGCACGACCGUGUUCUCAGAGAUGCGCCAGGAGUGCAAGUGCCACGGGAUGUCCGGCUCCUGCACCGUGCGCACCUGCUGGAUGCGGCUCCCUACGCUGCGCGCCGUGGGCGACGUGCUGCGCGAUCGCUUCGACGGCGCCUCUCGAGUGCUCUACGGCAACCGCGGCAGCAACCGCGCUUCGCGCGCCGAGCUGCUGCGCCUGGAGCCGGAAGAUCCCGCGCACAAGCCGCCUUCCCCCCAUGACCUCGUCUACUUCGAGAAAUCUCCCAACUUCUGCACGUACAGCGGACGCCUGGGUACGGCGGGCACGGCGGGACGCGCCUGCAACAGCUCGUCACCCGUGAAGGAACAACUGCUGCUCCAUUUUCCCCGGACUUUGCUCAUUUCCUUAGAGAUGGUGUCCCCAUCUUCCUGGGGCCACAGCUGGCAGGCAGCUCAGCAUGAAAGGACCCAAAGCCACUUUAUGUCCAGAUGCAGCCCGGUGCUACUUCUCUUCCUCACAUCUACUGUAUUUGUCCUCAGAAAAAUAGAAAUUCACUUGCUGCUGUAUUCACUCAACAGGUGUUCACCGUCAGGAAUGACAGGAAUGACUGAGGGCUUGCUGAACGCCGGCCGCACGCAGGUCCACCAGCACAAGCAGCGAAAGCCACAUCUGCUCCUGUACAUUUCACAUCACUACAGCUACAGCCCCCCAGGCCCCACCCCGGGUGUCCUGGCUUCAGCCUGGUAG